AUGGACGACGAUAUGUGCCCGCAGUUGCAUAUGCCACUUCUCGUCUUGUAUUUAAACAAUGAAGUAAGCUUCGAAGCUGUGGUGCCAGAUACGAUAACUUCUUGGGUCGCUAGUGCUUUUGCUAUCAACGAUGAAAGUGGCCUUGGAGUAGCCCCAACAACUUCUAAGCUAACUGUAUUUCGGCCAUUUUUCGUUCGCUUAAAUUUGCCUUAUUCAGUGAAACGGGGUGAAAAGUUUGCUCUUCAGGUCUUAGUAUUCAAUUACUUAGACAGUGAACAAGAUGUGACAGUAAUGCUAAAAGAUGGAGAUGAUAUUGGUUACGACUUUUUACAAAAAGAUGGUACCACAAGAAAGUCUGUGAGCAAAAAUGCAAAUAAAAAGCAUAAUAUAAGACAGAUCUCAGUGCCUGGAGGAGGCAUAUCAAAGGCUGUCUACUUUCCAAUUGUACCAACAAAAAUAGGCAACAUACUGCUUUUCGUAGAAGCAAGAUCAGCAAAAGCAGGCGAUGCUGUAGAACAAAAGUUACGAGUUGAGGUAAGUAAAAAAGAAUAUAAACAAGUAAUAUGCAUAAAUAUGUGCUAUAUUGAUUGAUA